CUUCUGAAAUCGUAACUAGCAACGAAACUGAAGCAUUGCUCUCAUAUCGAAUUUUUUGCUUCAAAAGUCAACCCAUAAAUGGAGACUCAUCCUUCUUUGCUUCUUCUUCUUGUUCUUUCUUGCUUUGCAACUGCAUCUUAUGCUCACAAUGUCCACCUCUCCGCACUUAACCAAUCCCUCAUCGUUUCCACUUCGACUACACCAGGCGAAGUCUUGAAGGCAGGGGUAGAUCAAGUGAAUAUCUCAUGGUCAUACAACCAGAGCUUCCCGGCGGGGACAGACACCAACUACACUACCGUCGAAGUCAAGCUAUGCUAUGCUCCGGUGAGCCAGGCUGGCAGGGAUGACCGGAAAACUGAUGACGCCCUUGAUAACGACAAGACCUGCCCCUUUGACAUCACAGAAGCGCCAUACAAACGCUCAAACAACUCAUUUGUAUGGACUGUUCCUCAAGAUACCCCUACAGCUACGUAUUUUGUUAGGAUAUUUGCCAUAUACAACAAACAUGAGAAAGGCUAUGGCCAGAGUACAGAUGCGCUCAAAACCACCAGCUUGUUUCAGGUGGAUGGAAUUGUCAGCGAGGAAAAAGAAGUGUCAGCUGCGUUGCCGGCGUUUGGUGGUUCUUUUGGCUAUGGCUAUGCAUGGCUUCUUAUGUUAUUUCUUGUGUACAUUUGAUCCGACCAUAUGGAUCAUGUUGUGUUGCGACCAACUUUGAUUUGGUUUAUCCAUUUAUGAUGUUAAUAAUGCAUUUAUCGAAACUUGUUUCGAUAUCUGUCAUGAUUAAUGUAGAUGUAUAUAUGUUGAAGUUUACAUCUACAUUCUGUGUGUUAGAGAGGAUUUCCCCAUUGAUCUCUCGAGCGUUAUUCAUUAUUGCUUUAUAAUAUUAAUAAAACAAGUAUCUUCUCUCU